AUCGGAUUAUUGGAAAACAACAAAAUUACUAUCUUUUACCCAUAACCUCAAAUUCUUCUCACGUGUUUUGAUUUUUCCUUCCUCCAAAAUAUUGUGAUUUUUACUGUGAAAAUCAUGGAAAAAUAUGCUGUUCCCAAUAAAUUGCCAGCGAAGAAAAUUACCAUCCUCGCUAGGCGAAGAGCGAGGAUUGAAAAGGACAAAAAUCUCGCCAAACUCCGCGAAGAUACACGCAGAAAGAUCCUGCAGAAGAAGAAGCAUGGUUUCAAGAAACCCGAAGCAUUUAUAAUGCAGUACAUAAAGGCCGAGAGGGAUCAUAAAAGAAUUGAGCGGAAGUUCCUGCACUCCCGGCGAUUUGCAGCAGAAGUUCCAAAGUCUCCGAUCUUCCUCAUCAUGAGGCACCGUACGAGGAAAGUUGCCUCAAAGCACAUUGAGAAAGUACUGGAGGAAUUGCAUUUGGAAAAUAUCCACACGACAAUUUUCGCGAGGGCUAAUGAGAAAAUAGCCACAAUGCUGACCAUAAUUGAGCCAUAUGUUGUCUGGGGGACACCUAGCAUUCACACCGUGAGAGAUUUGAUCUUCAAAAAAGGAAAACUCCUUGUAAAUGGAAAACUCGAAGCUAUACAGUCCAAUGCGAUGAUUGAGGAAGCUUUUGGAGAUCUGGGAGUUAUCUGCACAGAGGACAUUGUUCAUGAAAUCUUCACAGGAGGAGAGAACUUUGAGAAGAUCAACGCGAGAUUAGAGCCCUUCCAUUUGAAAGCUCCACGGGAUGGAUGGAAGAAAAAAUUAAACAUAAGCUAUGAGAAGGGAGGAGAGUACGGGAGCCGAGGGAAUGCGAUUGAUGAGCUAAUUGAUCGUUGUGUGUAAGAAAAAUCAUCAAUAAACCAUUUUCAAAAAAAAAGAUUUUU